GAGUGCACGUGUCAGCGCUGCCAGCAAACCGGACUGAACGUCACAUUCCUGCAUUCCCUUUUUCCUCAGUCUGGGACGUCGGAGUUAGCCACCACCAGACAGCUAAUCCUCUUCCCCACUUCUCCUUUUGAGAAACGCACCCAUGACAAGGCGGAUUUGAUCUCAGGAGGUGAUCCCGGGUUCCCCAGGAGUCAGAAUCUCACUUCGGGUCACUUUCCUUCCUCCCUUCCCCUCCUCCCCUUCCACCCAUCACAGCGCUGGUUGUCAUGGAGAACUCGUCGGUGGCAUCUGCAUCAUCUGAGGCUGGGAGCACGCGCUCACAGGAGAUAGAAGAGCUGGAGCGCUUCAUCGACAGCUAUGUGCUGGAGUACCAGGUGCAGGGGCUUCUGGGAGACAAGGCAGAUGGAGACUUGGACUUGGACAAUGGUGGCAAGGUGCCCCAGUGGACAGAUGACUGUAACAACAAGAAAGAUGGCAGCUGGACGUCUUCACGGGGGAGAGGCUCAUUCAAGCCAGACGAAUGGGAACACAGCAGUAACGGCAGUACAGGUUCCAGGCCCAGCUCAGGGUCUAGACCAGGAUCCGGCUCACGCUCCGGCAGCAGGGGCAGAAACAACCAGUUCAAAGGCCCUGCAAAGAACGGGAACAGAGAUGGCUCCUUUGACAUCCUGGGGACAGAUAUAUGGGCAGCAAACACAAUGGACUCACACGGAGGUGCAGGUUGGGACGUGCAGCCAGAGAAGCUGGACUUCAGCCAUUUCCACAGGAAACACCUCAGAGGAACGCCAAAGCACCUGCCACACAUUGACAGAGAGGGGAUGAACAAAAACAAGUUUGAGGAAGAUGAUGGCAUAGACAUGAAUGACAUAGAGAGGUUCCUACCCCAUCUGCGCUCUGUCUUCCCACCCCUUCCUAACGAGGCUGAAAUCGCACACACCAAAAAGCUCUUCCGACGCAGGAGGAAUGACCGACGAGCGAUUGAUCAGUUCACCCGAGACCAGUUAACCAUACUUCUGCCUACUGGCCCUGAGGGAAAACGACAAGUCUCAGCCAGGAGACAGCAGCGGCCUCAGGGUGGAGGAGGAGGUGGAGGAGGAGGUGGAGGAGGAGGAGGAGGAGGAGGGGGAGGAAAGAACCAACCUCAGCUGAUACAACAACAGUCACCGCAGCACCAGAGGGACCAAACCCAACAGCAGUCUCCAAACCAACAGCAGCAGAAUUUAACAGAACUGGGAGAUAACAGAAACAGUAGUGCUGGUAGGCCGCCACGUCAGUAUCAAGGAGGACAUGGGCAGCGCCAAGGAGGACCACCACACCACGGAUACAGCCAGAACCGGCGUUGGCACCACAAUCAGAAAGGUCAGGGGCAUGGACAGACAAACGCUACAGGUGAUAAAGGAGGACCCCCAAGAACAACCAAAGACAGAGAGACUGAGAAUGUAAAACCGGGUGACGAACAGAUCAGACCACCCCAAGACUUCAGCAGUAAGAGUCUCAAUGAAUCACCCCAAUCUGAGUCAAAACCAACUACAAAUGCUUUCCCAGAUCUGACAUUUAAUAAGGAAUUGCCCAACCCACCAGGAAGUGGAAAGGCAAACGAGGGCCAGUCGGAGCAGCCCAAAAUCAGCUUGCUGCAGUCGUCAAAGGAGAGGCUGAGGAGGAGACUAAAGGACAAGGAAGAGGCACGCGUGGAGGCGUCGGGCUCCGGAUCACAGAGCAUGGACCGGCUGGUGGACCUUCUCAACAGCAUGAGGAGCAACAGCAGCGGGGUGGAGCAGCAGCUGGCCUCUUUCAUGGAGGAGGCUCAGUGUUCGGCGCGGUCCGAGGAGACGCUGGCUCAGGUGGUCAGUACGAUCUACUCCAAGGCCGUGUCAGACAGGAGCUUCGCCGCCACAGCUGCCAAGCUCUGUGACAAGAUGGCGCUGUUCAUGGUGGAGGGGACCAAGUUCAGAUCGCUGCUCCUCAACAUGCUGCAGAGGGACUUCUCCCGUCGAGAGGAGCUCCAGCAGUCAGAUGUGGAGAGGUGGUUAGGUUUCAUCACCUUCUUGUGUGAGGUGUUUGGUACCAUGAGGAGCAGCUCCGGGGAGCCAUUCAGAGUGCUGGUGUGUCCCAUCUACACCUGCCUACGAGAGCUAUUAGAGUCCACAGAUGUCAAAGAAGAUGCAGUCCUCUGCUGUUCCAUGGAGUUGCAGAGCAUGGGGCGUCUCCUGGAAGAGCAGCUCCCAGAGAUGAUGACAGAGCUUCUCGCAGCCGUCAGGGACAAGAUGCUUUGUCCGGCCGAAUCUCAGCUGACCCGCUCUCUCCUCAUGGAGGUCAUCGAGCUUCAUGCACACCGCUGGAGCCCCCUGGAGGCUCUCACCACCCAAUACUACAACCGUACCAUCCAAAAGCUCACCACCACUGCCUAGGUGCCAGCUCCUCCAGGAGGAGAGGAGACAAGCCCCCCCCCAAAAACCCCCCUUUGACACCCAGAUGAAACAUUUUCCAGUUGAGCAUCAAUCUGCUCCUCUAGGUUUACCAAAUCGCAGGAAUUUAAGAAUCACAUCACUCUCUUAUUAAAUAAAUACAUGCUUUAUGCGGUUAUUUAACUGUACCUUUCAAUAAUCUUUGCCACGAUAGGUGACCACUGCCACAAACAAAGCAUACACUAUCCACCACACAGGUAGCCCUGUAACACUACAUGUGGCAUUGGAACAAUGAAAAGCGUAUUUGAAACACAUUUGAGAAAGCAGUAACGUGUGUGUAUAUAUAUAUAUAUACACAUAUACAUACAUACAUACAUAUAUAUGGCCUGUAGGGGCGUGCUUGGCCACACAGAGUGCUGGAGCUCGCCUGGCUGUGGCUGCUGGGGGAUAAAGGAGGGAACAGACAAGAGAGGGGUCACACAGGGGAGAGGAGGAGAGGGCAGCAGCCUGUCCGUAGGGAAUAGAGAGAUCUGUACCCAGAGAUGAAGGGGGGGGUCAGGGUAGUCCGUGUCAGUCUCUUCAUUGUGUUCAUUUGCCCACCACCCUCCCCUUCUCUCUUGUCUCUUUCUCCUCCCCUCUUCUGUCUCUCCGUCAGCCCCUGGGGUCUGUGUGGCUGAUAAAAGAGAGAGGAGGAGGCGGCGGCAGGGAGUAGACACGAUGCUGUCUGUCUGGGCCGUCUGCCCCGCCGGGCCAGGGAACAGGUCAAAGGGCCUCGCUGUGGAGCUCCCCAGCUCCCACAGCUCCUCCCUGCCUUUGUCUCCCUAACUCCCCCACCACAUCCCCCCAGCAGGAAGCCUUUUUUGUUGGGAUGAGACAGCGGGCCUGCUGGGCCAGGCUGGACUGAGGAUAAGGAUCAGGCUGGCUAGAGUAGGGUGGCAGAUGGCUGCUUGAGCCCAUGUGAGACGACACACUCCUAACGCACCCCUGCUCCCCGAGCUCGGGCCAGUGUCGCCAACUGAAGCAGUAGAAAUAUUGCAGAGGUUGGGGGGGGGGGGAGCAUUAGAAAAGCAUUAAAACUGCUGUCUGAUAAUUCUUUUGUUUUUGUCCUACAGGGGAAUGUCUCUUCUCCUCUGUUAAGCCGUGCAUGUCCAUGCUUUGUUAACCACAUUGUUGAUAUUAUAUUAUUUUUUUAAUCAUUUAAUGUUUUUAUUGUCUUGUUUUUAUGAUAAAAUGUAUGUAUAAAGGUUUUAGUGGUAGGCCUUAUUGCACAGGUUUGAUUUGUUUGCACUGUUUUGAGGCGAUUUGCUUUAAGAUUAAAAAAAAAAAAAGCAAAGUUUGAAUUUGAAUCAGUGCUUGUGGAUUAAUAUUAAAAAUCCCAGUAGUGAGAGAAACAGGUUGAGCAUAGUGAGGGAUUUAGGAUGUUUUAAUGGACUGGUGGCCUUGUCAAUUAUCCAUUUUUAUAGGAGCUCUCUUGUUUCGGGGCCUGCGGGGCCUGUGGGGCCUGUGGCAGCAGAGGGCAAGCCGAGGACUGAACAGUUGGACUUAUUCACAUCAUUCUGUUGCUGAAGAAAAAAAACGCAUCUGAAGAGAUAAAAAAGGAUGUGACAAAAAAAAACUGCAUGGCACAGAGAAACAGAAGUGAAACGCUUCUUUGAAAUUUUCUCCUACUCAAGCCAUUCUUUGCAGUGGACAUUUUGCAAGUGUUUAAUAUCGACUGUAUUUGAUCUUGCUUUGUUUUUGAGAAAAAAUGACAACUAUUAACCUGUGUAUUUGAAGAUGACAAUGAUGAAAAGAAGAAAUCUUAUUGUAUGACCUCAUUAGCUAGUCAUAUGUGACCCUUAUUCCAGCUAACAUGUGAAUUAUGAUAUUGACGUACCAAGCCAAUCAUGUACCAUUUGUAAAUGGGCUCUAUAUAUAAUCUGCAUACAGUAUAUUUACAAGUAUUUAAAAACAUUGAAUUAGGGGGGGGGGGAUAGUGCAACAGAGAUGUUACACAAGAAAAUUGGUUGUGUGGCUAGAAGUUGGCCUUCCCAUGCAUUUUUUUUAUUAUCAGGAACUGGCUCAUUGUUUGGGAGUAGUCACACACACGUGUGCAUAUGCACAUGCAUACAUAUACUUAGUUUCCCAUUGAAUCUCUGUGGGCAGUUUUAAGUGUUUUUAUAUUAUUUUCUCUGUCUUGCAUCAAGAAUUAAAGAACCUGUGUGGUAGAAACACACCUCAGAACGUUAGUUAGAUGAGAAGGGUGAUUUAAAGCUCACACAUGUUUUUUGGAGGUGCAGCCUAACCGUCUGUAAGUGUGUGUGUCUGCUUAAGAAGUGAUUUGUUUUAUUGUUGUUGGGUUUUUUUUUUUGGGUUUUUUUUGUUUUUUUUGUCUUUAUUUUAUUUCUAGGUUUCUAUUUAAAUUAUAUUUAGCUCAUUUAUAUAUAUUUUCCUGUCUGGUGGGUUUUCAAGACAUCUGAAACAGUUGUGAUACCUAGCUUGCUGGCAAGUGUGUAAGUGUGGUAUUACUGUGUUUUAGUUUAUGAAAAGAAAAGAAAAUUAAAAUUACCCAUCGGUGAGUUUCAUUAUGCAAAGAGCGACUCGCUCUCACAGCAGAUGGGGGCAGGUGGGGAUCAACCCCCCCCCCUCCCCUAUUCUGUGGCACUGGAGCCCACCCUCACCCCCCCCAGACCGCGUGCCCUUAGACCCCUCUACUCGGGUCACAUGACUCACUCGACGAUUGAAUGAGAUGCACCUUUAUUUGCAUAUUCUCAUACAUUUUGAAAAACGAUGCUCCGGUCGGCGCAUAGACAAGCUGUAGAUUGGCAAUAGUGGGUCAUCUGUGAGCUCGUUUGUUUUGUUUUUCUAAGCAACUGAAAAAUAAACUAACAGGCAAAAAAAAAAAAAAGAUGUGACGGAACAAACUGGUGUGUUUUUCUGUCUGCUCACUUAACAGCACAGUCACAUGGAAGUCAGUGUGGUAUCAUUAGGAUAUUCAGAUAUCAGAAAAGGAAACACAAUGGUGCACAAACUGUUUCCUCUGCCAUUACCAGAUAGACUGCAUAGCUAAUCUCAGCACCACAGUAGGUCAUUAUACUAACAAUUCAUAUAUGUGCGCAGUGGAACUCCUCAUCUACAUGUCUUCUCCUUUACAUCAUCACACAUUAGAAACAGACCACACUUCAGAAUUUUAACAACUGCGUGUGUCUUGCAGCGUGUCCUUGGCCAGCGAUUUGCCUUUGGUUAGCCCUGACACAUGCCUGGGGCUCCCCCAACUGUGGGCGUCCCGACGGGAGCUCUCAGUGCCUCCCCACUGAGGACCCCUUCCCUAGAAUCUAUAGGACGUCCUUCAGCACUCGUCCACAUCAGUCAACAUAAUCCCAUGUGUCAGAAUAUUUAAAUGUGUUUGACAGUGUGAAACACACUUUAAAAUUUGCCAUCGCCACCAUGAGAAGAUUUGUUUUCUUAUUCUCUGUUUUGUCUAUGACAGAUGGAUUUAUGAUGAUGGUUUCAUUUCAUUUAGAUUAAACAUUAAGCGCCUCUUUUUUAAAAAAACAAUACAAAAAUGGACAAUAGGAAAGAUAUUGUACAGUAAUAGACCAACUCAAGCAGCAAAAGCAGUGUAAAGGAAGAAAUCCAUUCAGCUGCUCUAGUGGAAGAAGAGAGGGAUAAAAGAAGUAAGUCGGAAGAAAGGGUGACAGACAAGUGAAAUAAAUGUAGGAGGAGAUGAAGUGAGGAAACAUAUAGAUAUAUAUAGAAAUGAUGGAAUCUUUGGACAGUAUGGGGGAUUGAGGAAUAAAUGCAAAUGCUGGAAGAAA